GGGGAGGAGGAGGGGCAUGGAGCAGCCGCAGCCCCGCUGAUCCGCCGGGAGAGUGAGCAGCCGGCCGCACGAUGCCAGUCCACCUGAGCACGGCCCUGCGUGUAGUGGGCACCAGCCUUUUUGCCCUGGCGGUCCUGGGGGGGAUCCUGGCCGCAUAUGUGACUGGCUACCAGUUCAUCCACACAGAGAAGCACUACCUCUCCUUUGGCCUAUAUGGCGCCAUUCUGGGUCUGCACCUCCUCAUUCAGAGCCUUUUUGCCUUCCUGGAGCACCGGCGUAUGCGGCGAGGGGGGCGGCCCCUGAAACUGGCCCCAUCUGUUGCUCUGUGCAUUGCUGCCUACCAGGAGGACCCGGAUUACCUGCGCAAGUGCCUGCGGUCUGCCCAGCGCAUCUCCUUCCCCAACCUGAAGGUGGUGAUGGUGGUGGAUGGCAACAGGCAGGAGGAUGCUUACAUGCUGGACAUCUUCCACGAGGUGCUGGGCUCCGAACAGACGGGCUGCUACAUUUGGCAAAGCAACUUCCAUGAAGCAGGAGAGGGCGAGUCAGAGGACAGUCUGAGAGAGGGCAUGGGCCGUGUUCAUGAGGUGGUUCGAGGGAGCACCUUCUCCUGUAUCAUGCAGAAGUGGGGUGGCAAACGGGAGGUGAUGUACACAGCCUUCAAAGCCCUCGGUGACUCCGUGGAUUACAUCCAGGUGUGUGACUCAGACACGGUGCUGGAUCCAGCAUGUACUGUGGAAAUGCUUCGAGUCCUGGAGGAAGAUCCCCAAGUGGGUGGAGUUGGGGGAGAUGUCCAAAUCCUCAACAAAUAUGACUCCUGGAUCUCUUUCUUGAGUAGUGUGCGGUACUGGAUGGCUUUUAAUGUGGAAAGGGCCUGCCAGUCCUAUUUCGGCUGUGUUCAGUGCAUAAGUGGGCCCUUAGGCAUGUACCGGAAUACCCUUCUUCAGCAGUUCUUAGAAGAUUGGUAUCACCAGAAAUUUCUGGGCAGCAAGUGUAGCUUUGGGGAUGACCGGCACCUUACCAAUCGAGUUUUGAGCCUUGGCUACCAGACUAAGUAUACUGCACGCUCCAAGUGCCUCACAGAGACUCCUACAAAGUACCUCCGUUGGCUCAACCAACAGACCCGCUGGAGCAAGUCUUACUUCCGGGAGUGGCUCUACAAUUCCCUGUGGUUCCACAAGCACCACCUCUGGAUGACCUAUGAGUCUGUGGUGACAGGUUUCUUUCCCUUCUUUCUUAUUGCUACCGUCAUCCAGCUGUUCUAUCGGGGCCGUGUCUGGAACAUCCUCCUCUUCUUGCUAACAGUGCAGCUUGUGGGCAUCAUCAAGGCUACCUAUGCCUGCUUCCUUCGGGGCAAUGCAGAGAUGAUAUUCAUGUCCCUUUACUCUCUCCUUUACAUGUCCAGCCUCCUGCCAGCCAAGAUCUUUGCCAUUGCCACCAUCAACAAGUCUGGGUGGGGCACUUCAGGCCGAAAAACUAUUGUCGUGAACUUCAUUGGCCUCAUCCCUGUGUCCAUUUGGGUAGCAGUCCUUUUGGGAGGGUUGGCCUACACAGCUUAUUGCCAGGACCUAUUUAGUGAGACAGAGCUGGCCUUCCUUGUAACUGGGACCGUCUUAUAUGCCUGCUAUUGGGUAGCACUCCUCAUGCUGUACUUGGCCAUCAUUGCCCGACGUUGUGGAAGAAAGCCUGAGCAAUACAGCUUGGCAUUUGCUGAGGUGUGAUGAGCAAGGGCAGAUCUUUGAGCAGGUCGGGAAAAGUGCAAUGGGCCACAGAGGGUAAGAGGUAAACUUGACUCCUACCAGUUUGAGAA